AUGGCACCUAACGAUCCUCCUCCAGCAUGGAAAGUAGCAGGUGUAGUAGGGUUUUACAUGACCGUGGCGUUGGUGAUGGUGAUGACCAACAAAUGGGUUUUAUCCACCUCAUCCCUACCUCUCACCUUCCUUCUUCUCCAACUCUCCACCUCAGUACUUCUCCUUCAUCUUCUCCCACUAUGCUACAACUACGUCCCUCCCCGGUGGACGCGCCCCACCAUCCUUGCCGUCCUGCCCGUCUCAAUCGUCAAUGUGGUCGGACUAAUGUUUAACAUCUACUGCCUUAAGCUCGUCGACGCAUCCUACUUCCAAGUAGCCAGAGGUCUAACACUACCCAUGACCGUAGUCCUCCAGGCGCUCAUGAACGGUAUGAGACCUUCGGGAUGGACGAUCGGUGCAUGCGGAUUGGUAAUGUGGGGUUUCACAUAUUCGUUCUUACCCAUCCCUGGACUUUCCCCAACUCCCACAGUCGACAUUUACGGUGUAAUGGAAGAUACAAGACGGAUGGAAGCCCCAAUGGCUGGUAUGAUGCUUGGUGUAGCUUCUGCUGCUAUGGUAGCUGUACAUGCCAUAUUGGUCAAACAGGCUUUAAAGAAAGUUGAGGGACAUACACUCGAUUUGGCAUAUUGGCAAAACGCUCUGUCGGCAUUGGUAUUGAUUCCUGGUAUUAUCUUUUCCGGAGAGAUAGGCGAUUUCAUAGAUAUGGUUAUCGGGAAAGAAGGGGAUGGAAGAGCGUUCAUCAUUGGAAGUGGAGUUACUGGAGUUGUCGGAUUCCUCAUCUGCUUAGCGGGAUUACUCUCCAUCAAAGUCACUUCACCCGUCACGCACAUGUUCAGUUCAGCUAUGCGAUCAGUCCUGCAAACGAUGUUGGGAGUUUACCUAUUUGAUGAUAUUCUAAAUGCUUCCCGAAUCAUGUCAAUAGUUCUCAUCAUCAUCGGCUCAUGCCUGUACACAUGGAACCAAUCUCGUGGUAGUCUUCCUAAAUCCCCUGUACAAGAAGAUAGGAAGAGGUUAUUGACUGGUCAAGAGAAGACUAGUUAUAAUUAUGCUGCUGAUCCUGAGAAGGGAGAAAGGAAAGACUAA